GGCGUGUGUGGCAGGACGGGCACCGAGCAACCAGCCCCCAGCCUUGGGCCAACCCGGAGAAACCAAGGGGCUGCAAAGGGCCUUGGGAAGGGCCUUAGGAAUGUCACAGGGCUGGUGGGCCCACCUCCAACAGCUCAGGGCCUGGGCCUCCAGAGGUCACAGGCGGGAAUGGGCUUGCCAGAGGCCACCGACCACCAAGGAACUGGCCGGGCCACCCUGCGUCAGCCUCAGGAGGAGCACGUAGUCAGGACUGGCAGCUCCCCUGGUUGAUGAUCUCCCAAGUCCCUUGGUGAGCAAGGGAUGCUCUUCCUGGAGACUCUGCGGGCAGACCCUGGGGCAGCCGGGCCUGUCAUGCCAUCUGCUCUCCCCACGCGGCUCCCUGCUGCUGACCAGGAGGGGCAUUUGCAAUCAGCUCCGGCAGACUACCCCAGCAGGACCACUGAGGCAUGGCUGACACAUUGGGUGUCAGCUACACUUGAUCAAUUGAAUUAGGGCCUCAUUGACAGGCAGGCCCAGACGGGAACUUGGAGCUGGUUAAGUCCAGUGUCCUGCUGAGUGGGACUGUCCCUGACAUGGGGUGGCCUGCCUCAGUCGGACAGCAAGCCCACCACUACCUGGGGCUCCACCUCGCGGGACCCUCGGGCCGCCCACUUGUGCAGCUCUGCUCUUAGAACAGCCGUCCUUCUCGGGCGGUGUUUCUCAGUGUGGAACUCCUGGCAUUGGACUUGGUAGUUUUCCACGGUGCAGGACUUUUACAGGGUCCCUGCCUACUAAAUUCCUCUAGUGCUCGCCUCCUAGGCAUGCAUUUUCGGGGUGAGAGUAGCACCCCUAGUUAAGAACAAGUGCUGCCAAACCUGUCUGUCUCCACCUUCCAUCCCUUGCUCCUGGCUCUGCUAAAAGCCACAGGUGGUCUUUGUCUGCAGUUCACCCGCCGCUGAGCACGGGCUACAGUUGAAUUUAGCUUAGCAUUUGUUUGUCAUUAAACCACUGCAAUUCUGCCUCAUGCCUUCCCACCAUUUCUGUCCUUCACACCUUCCUUCCUCCAAGUUGUUCAGUGAAAUUGUUGGUGACAAUGGGGCAGAGCCUCCAGCCCCUCUCUGGAGACCUGCCCCCAGCCUGCCUGGCUGUGACCACUUGGGCCAUAGAGCACCGCAGACCUGGGUCACGGCCAGGCACCUUGGCUACAGGCACCAGAUUGUUCUGUCCUGGAGUUAAACAGACAAGGGAUGUCUGUGCUGGAGUGGCUGGAUCUAGCCAGUUGGGAUAGUAGGGGUCAUGAGGCAAGAUGGAGAGCUGGCAGAUCAGGUCAGCAAGCCUAUAAGGGUGCCCUGGGCAUGACAGGUGGAUGACACCUUGAGGUUACAAGAAGGAAGGAGAGGGGCUGGGCUGCCCCUGAGGAGGCUGCUCAGAGGUCAUGGGGCCUUGACCUUGAAGGAGCUGGGUAUGAGAACCAGGCAGGGGCAUUCCAGGAGCUUGCACUGGCCUCCCCAGCAAAUGCCAUGGGCUCUGGGACCACUGGCCAGCCCCCAGCCCCCUGCCACCACUGCCACCGCCACCUUUGGCUCCCUGUCCUACCUGUGGAAUGAUGCAGAAUGAAGCAGGGUGAUCCUGGGAUUGUGAUGCCAGUCUGGCAUUGAUUCCAGGGGCCUUGGAGGGUCUGUUUGAGAAGGGAGAGCUAUGUGGGCUGGACACUCACUGAGCAUUGAUGGAUGACUGGUUCCCAGCAGCGGGAGCACAGGGAGAUGGCAGGCAUUUGGCCCUGGAGGGUCACCAGAAAGAAAUGGAAGGGCAGCCGGGUGCAGAGAGGGACAUGGCUUUCCCGGGAACACACAGCCCAGAAGCAGCUGAGCAGGGCGUGAACCAACAUGCAGGGCUGCUGGCCCUUCAGGCUCAGGGCAGCAGUGUCUGCUUGUGAACCAGAUUGGGAGGGUCCUUUGGGUGGGGAGAGGGCUGCCCACUCUUCCGAGGAUCCACCCCUCGCCCUGUUUCCCAUUUCAUAGUGGAGCGAUUGAGACCAGAAUGAGGAAGUCAUCAGUUGAAUCAAGACCAGAAUCCACUUGCCUGCUGCCAGCCAGAGGCCACCCCAAGGGGCCAGUGUGGGUGGGCAGAAGGUGGCUUUUAUCCAUGCAUUUCCCUCUGGAAAAGCCCCUCAUUUCCAGGGAAACUCCACUGGGGCCCACUUUUAAGUCUGAGUGUAAUUUCCCACAUAGUAAGGAAAGAAAAUGGCAGAGAAAGUCAAGUAGUUUCACAAACCCAGCAUCCUCAACAGCUUUACCGAAUGGCUGGCAGGAAGGAAGUUCUUCUGGCCUUUCACUAAGGAGAUGCGGGGUCAGGGGUGAGCUUGGGCCCGCUGGAGUUUUGGGGCUUUGGUGUUCAGGAGUACUGGUCUGCAGGUUUUGAGGACAAGCCUCUGUGGGAUUACCAGGGGGCCCCAGAAGCUUGAGGCCCCGUGGGGAUCGAGGGUUGUCGUUCUGUAGCUCAAGCAUGGCAGUCAUGUCUCCCGGGACCACAGCUCCAGGCUGCAAAUGAGGGGGCUGAGGCCCUUGGUUGCCCCCAGAGGCGAUGCUGCUCAGCUGGAACUUGGAUUAGAAAAGGGUCAGGCCCCUGCGGUUUCUGAGAGUAGCUCAGUGGCUGUUAGGAAUUUUACUCUUCCCACAUGGUUGGGUAGAGUUUUACAGUGUGCGAAACAGUCUUUAGACACCCUCCCUGUUUAAGCCUGCGUGCCUCAGCUACAUGAGAAAUGAGCCCAUUGCAGCCCACCUCAGCAGGGGAUUAGAGUUGUUCUUAGGUGGAAAUCACAUAUUCUGCAAUUUACAGAAGAUACACGGAAGGUUCCCAGAGCCCUAGAAGGGAGAGGCCCAGGGACAGGGAAGUCAGAAGGGGCCCGAGUGAGAGCCCGGGGUAGCCCCUGCAGACCCCACAGGGACUUGCACUGGAUGCCAUCAAAGCCUUCCUACCUGCCUCUCCCAGAUUUUUAAUGAAUAGAUUAAAAAGCCAUUUGUCAUGAGCACAUUGUCCGGAUGCAAAUCAGUGCCGCAAAGGUAAUUAAAAGCAUAACAAAUCUUGUUUACACUUUGAAUUUGACUACAAUCGAAGCCCCUUAGAGCUGGGGGAGACUCAAGAUGCAGGGUUCCCGCCCCUUCCUCCUCCAGGUGAGGGAGUGGGCUCCCAGGAGAGGCUCCUGGGUCCUGCUGGCCGUGGGAUUUCAGUUUGGCCGUUUUCAAGCUGGGUAACUUAGGGUGCGCUUACUCAGCCUCUCUGAGCCUCAGUGUCCUCACCUGUAGAAGUGGAACAAAAGCAGCAGCAGGACUUGCCAUACAUGUGUCACCACAUCUGCCCUCAAGGAGCACCAUGGACUGACCGUCGGUCCCCACACCCUCUGUCUGGCUCCGUCAGACUCUGACGUGCUCAUUCGAGGUCAGCUGACAAAGAAGCAAAACCAACCCCCAGUCUUUUCCUUUCCCUGGUCACGUCAUACCACCUUCGCAGCUGUCGGUUUUAGCUCAGUUUUUGCAUCGUGGUACCAAAGGCUUGGAUUGUCGGAGGCCCUUCUUGCCCCCAGAAAACGGAAAUUAAAAUUUUCUUAAAAGGCAUUUGAAAGCCCCAUAAAUCCCUGCUCCAUCAGUUCCAGAUUGCCAAAAUGCAAGGAUCUUUUCCUUUCCCCCAUCUUACUGAAAAAUUUUAAAACCCUCUAAUCUGCAGUUAGCUGCACAAGUUCCUCUCUAAGUUUCACCGCAGGGAGGGAAGGAAGCAGGCUCCAGUAAUUGUGGUGAUGGAGAGCGCCUGCUAAUGGGUCCCCUAAAUUAAAGGGGGAGGGGGUUUCAGCUCCUCACUGGCUUGGCAUUUCAUUAGCAGGAACACCACAGCCUUGCCCGGAGACGGAACCAAUAUAGCCGGAUCAGGGAAAUUAAUUAGGGUCUGACAAUACCCUUAAUGGGAACUGGUUAUUUCUCCCAAAUAAAGAGGCUGUUAGAAGUGCAAGAGAAGAAAGAAACCAGCCCUUCCUUCCUCGUCCACCUGUGAAUGUCUGUGUAGCUGCAGGAGCCAGAAAUCUUCUCUCCUUCAUCCCGUGCAUUGCUCGUUUUCUCUCAUUGAGCAAACACGGGUCAGUACCCAUGGGGCUGGCACACAGACAUGUAAGCAACCUACUAGAACUGCAGCGUGAAAAGUUCUCUAUCAAAUUUUUGAAAACAGUGCUGAGGGAACAGAAGAAAAUGCCGUUAGUUCUGCUUACCAGCGAUAUAAAAGGGACUAUCCAGGCUGGGCUUUGAAGUAUAGGUAGGAGUGUACCCAUUAGAGAAAGAAAGGUGGAAGAAUCCUGGGGAAAGCCUCCAAGGUUUGGCAAAUGGGUGAUUUCUAGUCAACAAGCAGGAAUGAAUAAUAAUGUACCUCCUGCUGAUAGCAUGGUUGCAAAACUCUUCUCAGCACUUUCAGAGUAUUCUCCCGUGAGUGUGGGUCCGUCCACUGUGGCUGGGCUGGAGAAAUGGGAAAAGGUAAAAGUACAGCUGAGUAGGGACUCCGUCAGGCACUGUGCUAAACUCGACACAUAUCCUCAUCUUCCAUCCUGGGAGUCUUAGUCCCACUUGACAGAUGAGGAAGUUGAGGCUGACUUAGAAUCGCUUCUCCAAGGUCACGUUUCUCCAAGGUUGGACCCUACCUAGACUUGAGUCCCAGCCCACGUGGUUAACCCCUUUCCUACAAGGCCUCCCUCAGUAGAAUAUCGACUUUUAGCCUCAAAAAGCAUUUUGUCGGAAUCCCUACAUCUUUGCCAACCUGCCCCUCCAGGUUCCAGCCAGUGAUUCGGGAUAUAAAGCGGUGUUUCUUCCUGCAACAUUGUUUGGGUUUUCCCUGCAGCCCACCUGUGAGGCCCCACUUUGCAUCUCUCUUCUUUCAUGCUGGUGGCUUCCCAAGAACUCUUGUGAGCUCCUAGAUCACCGUCCUCACUUCCCAGUGCCCCAGUAGCCAUCCUUGCAUGAAAGAGCUCUGCCUUUCUGAAUUCUGAGUUCCCCAAGAUGGUAAGUGGGAUGUAGUCAGGCAGGCCUGGGGGCCUUGCUUUAACUAGCUCCGUGACCACUGCGUGCCUCAGCUACAUGAGAAAUGAGCCCAUUGCAGCCCACCUCAGCAGGGGAUUAGAGUUGUUCUUAGGUGGAAAUCACAUAUCUGCUUGCAUCCAGAAGCCACUUGGUAAAUCAUAGCACCGAUAACAAUAACAGUGGCAGCCCACGGUUUCUUAGUGUCCAGGAUGUACCUGACGUGGUGCUUUGGGCUUUACCUGUGUUAGCUCACCUAGUCCCCGUAGCAGCCCUCAGAGGGAGGUGCGUGAUCAUCCCCAUUUUACAGAUGAGGACACUGAGGCCUGGAGAGAGUGAGUGGUGGGUUUGUUCGCUCCCCUCUCUGUCCCUUUUCCCUCUUAUUUCCCAGGCCCGGUGCCCUGUGUGCUUACAGGCUCUCUGCAGGUGGGUAGGAAUCAAGUUUAACUAAUGCAGUGACUUGAUCCUCAGGCAGCCCUCCAAGGGUGGGCCCAGAGAGGUGGCGGCUCUCCCUGGCCUCCUUCUACAGCAAAGGCUUGCUGAGCCCUGGAGGUGUGUGAUGACACCGUGGGGGAGCCCAGGAUCUUGGGGAGGGAAGGUGGUGCUUAGGCCAGUGGGCCUGGCAACUGCUUCCUGGAGGAGGCGGCCUUUGGAGGAGCCUGGCUGGAAAGGAGGAGCAGCCUUUUCAGGGGAGGAGGGGUGGAAGCUUCUAGAGCUAGACAAGGUGCAGAGGCAGAAAGGCACUGCCCUGAGUUAGGAGGCACCUGGCACUCGUAUCUGAGCUUGGCAGGCGGGCUCUGCCGGGAUUCCAAGUGGCUUCCAGGGCCGCUGACUCUGCAGGUGGAACAGGAUUCUCAGGGCACUUCUGGCUGGACAGGCUUGGCUGGGGACAGCUUGUGGCAAGAAACUGGGCCACGCCGGAUGGGGGUAUAGCACAGCGGGGCAGGAUACUGGGAGUGAGGUGUGCACAAGAUGAGGAAGCUGUUCCCGGUGGAAGGUCUCGAAAUGCCAGGGAGCUGGGCUGGGGCCUCAGGAUCUACCCAGAGGUCAGGACACCCUCCCCCAGGCACCCUAGGCCUUCUCUGUCACCCCAAGUCCUCCCUCCUCCCCCAGCCAAGCCACUGCCUCCUUGGGCACCAGGGACCCAGGCAGCCACACCUAGGGGCAGUGUCUGCACCCAGGCAGAAGGCCGAGGCUGGGCCGACUGCCUCGGGAUCCUGCAGGACAGUGCCUUCACUGCUGACAGCAGGAGCUGUCCCCUCCAGAAGGAGAUGAGUCAUAGCCGCAUCCGCGUGGAGCUGCCACUUCUGCUUCUGCAGCAGUGAUGGGUCAUUCCCCUAUGACUCUGUCCCUUGGCAGCAGAACACCAACCAGCCCCCCGGCUCCCUCUCCGUGGUCACCACAGUUUGGGGAGUAACCAACACGUCCCAGAGCCAGGUCCUCGGGAACCCCAUGGCCAAUGCCAACAACCCCAUGAAUCCAGGCGGCAACCCCAUGGCGUCGGGCAUGACCACCAGCAACCCCGGCCUCAACUCCCCGCAGUUUGCUGGGCAGCAGCAGCAGUUCUCAGCCAAGGCCGGCCCCGCCCAGCCCUACAUCCAGCAGGGCAUCUACGGCCGGCCCAACUACCCCGGCAGCGGGGGCUUCGGGGCCAGUUACCCCGGCGGUCCCAGUGCCCCCGCAGGCAUGGGCAUUCCUCCGCACACCAGGCCGCCCGCUGACUUCACUCAGCCGGCGGCCGCCGCGGCAGCAGCUGCAGUAGCAGCCGCCGCCGCCACGGCCACGGCCACGGCCACAGCCACUGUGGCCGCCCUGCAGGAGACGCAGAACAAGGAUAUAAACCAAUAUGGACCGGUCUCUUCCUCUUUCCAGAUGGGUCCCACCCAGGCGUACAACAGCCAAUUCAUGAACCAGCCCGGGCCACGGGGGCCCACCUCCAUGGGGGGCAGCAUGAACCCCGCGAGCAUCGCGGCUGGCAUGACGCCGUCGGCAAUGAGCGGCCCCCCCAUGGGCAUGAACCAGCCCCGGCCGCCCGGCCUCAGCCCCUUCGGCACACACGGGCAGCGGAUGCCCCAGCAGACCUACCCAGGCCCCCGGCCCCAGGCCCUUCCCAUCCAGAGCAUAAAGAGGCCGUACCCAGGAGAGCCCAACUAUGGAAACCAGCAAUAUGGACCAAACAGCCAGUUCCCCACCCAGCCGGGCCAGUACCCCACCCCCAACCCCCCACGGCCGCUCACCUCUCCCAACUACCCUGGGCAAAGAAUGCCGAGCCAGCCGAGCACUGGGCAGUACCCGCCCCCCACAGUCAACAUGGGGCAGUAUUACAAGCCAGAACAGUUUAAUGGACAAAAUAACACCUUCUCGGGAAGCAGCUACAGUAACUACAGCCAGGGGAAUGUCAAUAGGCCUCCCAGGCCAGUUCCUGUGGCAAAUUACCCCCACUCGCCUGUUCCAGGGAACCCCACACCCCCCAUGACACCAGGGAGCAGCAUCCCCCCGUACCUGUCCCCCAGCCAGGAUGUUAAACCUCCCUUCCCGCCCGACAUCAAGCCAAAUAUGAGUGCUCUGCCGCCGCCCCCAGCCACCCACAACGACGAGCUGCGGCUCACGUUCCCGGUGCGGGACGGCGUGGUGCUGGAGCCCUUCCGCCUGGAGCACAACCUCGCCGUCAGCAACCACGUGUUCCACCUGCGGCCCACAGUCCACCAGACGCUGAUGUGGAGGUCUGACCUGGAGCUGCAGUUCAAGUGCUACCACCACGAGGACCGACAGAUGAACACCAACUGGCCGGCGUCCGUGCAGGUCAGCGUCAACGCCACGCCGCUCACCAUCGAGCGCGGCGACAACAAGACCUCCCACAAGCCCCUGCACCUCAAGCACGUGUGCCAGCCUGGCCGAAACACCAUCCAGAUCACCGUCACAGCCUGCUGCUGCUCCCACCUAUUCGUGCUGCAGCUGGUGCACCGGCCCUCCGUCCGCUCCGUGCUGCAAGGCCUCCUCAAGAAGCGCCUCCUGCCCGCCGAGCACUGCAUCACAAAAAUCAAGCGGAACUUCAGCAGCGUGGCUGCCUCGUCGGGCAACACAACUCUCAACGGGGAGGACGGCGUGGAGCAGACGGCCAUCAAGGUGUCCCUGAAGUGCCCCAUCACAUUCCGGCGUAUCCAGCUGCCUGCCCGAGGCCACGAUUGCAAGCACGUGCAGUGCUUUGAUCUGGAGUCGUACCUGCAGCUGAACUGUGAGAGAGGGACCUGGAGGUGUCCAGUGUGCAAUAAAACCGCUCUGCUUGAGGGCCUGGAGGUGGAUCAGUACAUGUGGGGGAUCCUGAACGCCAUCCAACACUCCGAGUUCGAGGAGGUCACCAUUGACCCCACGUGCAGCUGGCGGCCGGUGCCCAUCAAGUCGGACCUGCACAUCAAGGACGACCCCGACGGCAUCCCCUCCAAGCGCUUCAAGACCAUGAGCCCCAGCCAGAUGAUCAUGCCCAAUGUCAUGGAGAUGAUUGCCGCCCUGGGCCCCGGCCCCGCCCCCUACCCGCUCCCGCCACCGCCCGGGGGUGCCACCUCCAAUGACUACGGCAGCCAAGGCAACAACUACCAGAGCCAUGGCAACUUUGACUUCCCCCAUGGGAACCCCGGCGGCACGUCCAUGAACGACUUCAUGCACGGGCCCCCCCAGCUCUCCCACCCCCCGGACAUGCCCAGCAACAUGGCCACCCUCGAGAAGCCUCUCAGCCACCCCAUGCAGGAGACUAUGCCACACGCUGGCAGUUCAGACCAGCCCCAUCCCUCCAUACAACAAGGUUUGCACGUACCACACCCCAGCAGCCAGGCAGGGCCCCCUUUACAUCACAGCGGGCCUCCUCCUCCUUCCCAGCCGCCCCGGCAGCCGCCCCAGGCUGCCCCCAGCAGCCAUCCUCACAGCGACCUGACCUUUAACCCCUCCUCAGCCUUAGAGGGUCAGGCCGGAGCGCAGGGAGCGUCCGACAUGCCGGAGCCUUCGCUGGAUCUUCUUCCAGAACUCACCAAUCCGGACGAGCUCCUGUCGUACCUGGACCCCCCUGACCUGCCAAGCAAUAGUAACGACGACCUCCUGUCUCUCUUUGAGAACAACUGAAGCCCCCCGUCUGUCGGGGCCAUCCCUCCCCACUAUGCCUCCUUCCCCAUCCGUUCCACACACUUUUCUGCCUGGGAGCCUGUGCCCUCAGACUGCCCCUGACCCAGGACCGCGGGCUCGGGGCUGGGGGUCCCUUCCCUGCUGCUGCCACCGAGGGGCCGGGGGAGGGUGCACUAUGAGCCCAUGGGCCCCACACCCGAGCAGGCCCCAAAGAAGACCCUGACGAGUGGAACCAGCCCACAAUCAAAGACAGCUUCUGGGGCCUCCAUGUGUGCCGUUUCCAGACGACCUUCCAGCGUCCCCAAGGUUCUUCCGUUUUCUAGACUGUAGCCCUGCCUCCCUGCUUCCUGGCCCAGAAGGCCCCUGCCCCACCCUGAGAUCCAGGGCGGGCCCCCACCCUUGGAGGCACAGUGACAGUCAGCGGCAGUGACAAUGGCCCGUCUACCACCACCACCCACCACCGAAAAGCACAAACCUCUGGGAAAGAGAACUUCUCUCCAGGGUCAGGGCUUGCCAUUUGACCCCUGACCUCUAUGCCAAGAUACUCUGAAAUGACCUCACUCAGAAAGCAGAGUGAAAGGACAAGAGUCUGUGUUUGAGAGGGGGUGCACCAUUCCUGCUUGGGACUGGUGGGAAAGGGACCCGGGACGAUAGAGGACAGCUCCAAGCCCUUCGGAAGUGGGCCAGAGCACAGCCUCAGGGGCGGAGAGAGAACCCACUGGAGACGUUUGUGCCCUUGGGUAGGGUGGGGGGAAAGCCGCCAGCCGGAGUCAAACAGGGGCAGCCACUUACAACUUUGCUCCAAGCCACUCCCUUUUUAAAAAAAAAAAAAGAAAAACAACAAAAAUCUAAGAAGAUAUUAAGUCAUCUGGAGAAAGGAACGUUGGACUUGGACAGAAAGCAAAUCAUUUCUCUCAGUGUUGUUUCCUUCCUCCUACUCCCCACCCACCUCUCCAAGACUGUUACGUGGGACACCCCCACUUUCCUCUUGUUUGUCCAGCCGGACAACGGCAAGGCGGGGACUGCGAAAAUGGAGGAGAAGCGUGGGUUCAGUUGGGCACGUGGGCUUGGCGGCAACCAUCCGGGGCCAUCACCUCUCUCUCCAGUCUGUCUGUCCGUCCCCAUGCUCGGGGCUGCCCCAUGUGCCAGCCCAGUCCACUGCCGCUCAUGCAGGGGUUACCGUGAGCAUCCUGGGGUGUGUCUGUGGCUUCUGGCGUCACUUUCCUUCCACGUCCCCCCAUCCCCAAAGCUCACCCCACACUCCUCACUCAAGUGGAAGCAUCCUCUCGUUUUCCAUCCUCCGCCUCUCUCCUCACCUCCCUCCCGCUCUCCGGAGUCUCAGCUCGUGCAUCCAUUUGUUUCCGGCUUGUCUGGCCCAUGGUCUCGCUGGACAACCUGGUCACCUGGGUCCUGUUUGUAACUCCUUGGCGUCCUUCCCUGCCACCGCUGCUGCUGCUCUCGUCUCCCAACUUGUUCUUGGGCUCUCGAUCUCUCUCCCGGUCUCCAUGAGGGUGGGCCCAGCCCUCCACUGUGGACUUUUUGAUAACGGUGGCCCCCGUGGUUGACUUCCAGUCACCACACUAGCUGGCACAAGGGUUUCUGUAGACGAGCUGCCAUUGCCCCCCAACCCCCUCUUCCUUUGUCCCCUUUGUCAGAGUUUUUCAAACAGCGUGGUGUUCAGUAUGCAGACUGAUUAUUUUAAGAAUCGCUUUUGUAAAUAUCUUUGUGAAUAUUUUAGUAUCGUCUUUGAUAAUAUUCAACAUUUUCAUGACCUGGUUAUAGCCUUUGCUGGAGUUUUUAAAAUACCUUGACUCAGCCACAAAGACCGAGUCCUUUUUUUUUAAAAAACAAAAACAAAAACAAAAAAAUACAACAAACAAAAACAAAAAAGCAAUCGGGGCUAUUUGUACAGAUGAAGGAACGAAGAGAUUGGGUGGUUGUACUUUGAGUUCAAAGACCAGGCAGCCCACUGUCGAGACCCACCCCCGGUUGGCUGAGGGGGUGAGACGAGGCCGGGGAGCACAUGGCCAUCCUGGCCCGGGCCUCCCAGCCUGGCCGGGGUGGCAGUCGGCCCCACCCUGUUGGACCACCUCCUGUGUUCAGCUCCAGGCAGACUUACAGAUGCCUUCCUUAGAAGUUCCUGCUUCCUGUCCUGGUACUUUGCCCCAGGGAGCCCUGGCGUCUGUUCCAGCUCUUACCAGGCUAUCCCAGUCUCUGCUCACUGACCCAGCCACAGCUUUCUAGUGCAGGGGUUGAGAUGUUCCCUGCUGCUGGGUUCCAGCCACCUCCCUCCACCUUCCCUGCAGAAGCCAUGGCCUCAGCACCUGGGGCUGAUGUUCUGGGUCCCCUGCGAUGUCAGCCUCCACCAGCAAGAUCAGCAAAGAACUUUCCCUCUGGCUGGCUCCAAACCGUGGUGCCCACAGCCCAUGCUCUGAGGACCGAUGCUUCCAGGUUGAGUUUGGAGCCAGGCCAGGGGUAUCCGGGGCUUGAGCAAACCCCAGGUACGUAGGAACCUGUAGAGGUAACAUCCCUGAAAGUGGGGGCAGUUCUGAAUUCUGGGGAGCUCUUUCCCCGAUCCUUUCAGACAACAACUCGGAGCCAUAAGCAGCCUCAGCAAAAACGAGGCCUCAGCAAGCCACUUUUCCAUGACAACCAUCAGCCCAGCCCAUCGGCACGUUUCUGCGGCCACUUCCCAAGGUGGACAGGGAGCUGGCGGGGCGGGCGGGAAGGCUCAAGGACAGGCUGUCACCCCCAUCUCCUUGGUUUGAAGCUUUAUCCAUGUCCAUGUUCCCUGUAGCAAUCUUGUUUUUAAAGCGACUUCUGGUAAUGUCUCCCCAGUGGAAACCCCAACCCCGAGAAGCUUCAUGUCUGCUCCUGACAGGCCCCGAGCUGACCUGUCGGGACAUGGCAGGGUCCGCAGCGACUCAAGGGACGUGUGUACAUAUGUAAAUGAGAAAUAGAGACGUGUCCACAGAUGCAUUCAUUUCCCUCGGAAUGUGUAUUGUUUUUAUUUUACAAAACAAAAUGAGAAAAAAAAAAAAGGCUUGGAACUCCAUCUGAACGUGGAAAACCUAGAUCCUGUUUGUUAGCGUUUGUGAGGUCUCCGCAUUUGUCUCACUAUGUAAUAUAAUCUGACCCUGUGUGGCAUUUUUGUUCUGUUUUGUUUUUAUUUUACCUACAUGUAAUAUUUAGCUUCAGUGUACUAGUCCUGCCACCUGUGUAUUUUUAGGGUGCUAUGGAAAUAAUGACAAGAACGGGGAUAUCAAGAGAAAAUUGUAACCAAAUUCGUACUUUGUAUAAUUUUUGAUAUCAUGAUCACAGGUGAUUCGCACAUACACACAUAAACACACCCACCAGUACAGUCUGAAGUAACUUCGCGGAAACAGUCAUCUUUGUACAUCGUAUGUACGAUGCAAUCAUUUCAUACUUUGAACUGGUCAAAAAACUAAUUGUGAUUUCUAGUCUUGCAAAGCUGUAUGUAGUUAGAUGAUGUGACAACCUCUAAUAUUUAUCUAAUAAAUAUGUAUUCAGAUGAAACCUGUA